AUGCUCCGAUUACUCCUUAAAAAACCAACCAAUAACUUCGUUAUUAAGUGUAAAGCGGCAGUAGCCUGGGGUCCGGCUCAACCAUUAAGCAUUGAGGAAAUAGAAGUUGCACCACCAAAGAAAGGAGAAGUUCGUGUAAAGAUAUUGGCAUCUGGAGUAUGUCACACAGACGCGAUUACUUUAUCUGGCAGAGAUUCUGCAAAAUGGUGGCCAGUAAUCCUUGGACAUGAAGGAGGUGGUAUCGUGGAAUCAAUUGGAGAAGGCGUUACAUCCGUUCAACCAGGGGAUCAUGUGAUUCCAUUAUAUAUUCCCGAAUGUCGUGAAUGCAAAUUUUGUAAAAGCGGAUUAACAAAUACUUGUUCUUUGAUUGGAUCAACCCUGGGAAAUGGAUUAUUGCUAGAUAAAACUACUAGGUUUACUUGUAAAGGGCAGAAAGUAUACCAUUACAUGGGUUGUUCUACAUUCAGUCAAUACACAGUCUUGUUUGAAGCAUCGGUCGCGAAGAUUAGUCCUAAAGCUUCACUUGAUAAAGUUUGCUUGCUCGGUUGUAGUAUUACCACAGGUUAUGGAGCAGCUACAAAAGCGGCCAAUAUUCGACCUGGAUCUACGGUAGCGGUAUUUGGUUGCGGUGGAGUUGGUCUAUCCGUAAUACAAGGUGCCGUGGCUUGUAAAGCAAGUCGAAUUUUUGCUGUUGAUGUAAAUCCGAAGAAAUUCGAAUACGCCAAGAAACUUGGGGCAACUGAUUUCAUAAAUCCUGAAGAUUAUGAUAAACCGAUUCAACAGGUUUUAGUUGAAAUGACAGAUGGAGGAUUGGAUUAUACAUUUGAUUGUACAGGAAAUACAAAAGUAAUGAGAGCAGCACUUGAAUCAUGUCAACAAGGAUGGGGUGAAUCAAUUAUUAUUGGAAUCCCUGGUGCAAAUGAAGAAAUAAAUACCAGUCCAUUUCAACUUAUACAUGGCAGAGCAUGGAAAGGAAGUUCAUUUGGUGGUAUUAAAGGAAGAAGUGAAUUACCAAAUUUAGUUGAAGAUUAUCUUGAAAAGAAAUUGGAAAUUGAUAUGUAUAUCUCUCAUCAACACAAACUGGAAGACAUCAAUAAAGCUUUCGAUGAUAUGCAUUCUGGUGAAAG